GCAGCUAUAAGAUGGGUCUGAACAACAACAGCUGAACACAGAGCUGACAGCCUUCGUUCUCUGCACACCUGAUUUGUAGAUCAGAGCUCAGAAGAGUUUCAUCUUGAGGAAGUAAAACUGUCUCAGUCUCAGUUACCGAGAGGAGAAAUGGCGCAGAAAGGAGAUCAGCUGGACCAGGAAACCUUUUCUUGUUCCAUCUGUUUGGAGGUUUUAAAGGAUCCAGUGACUAUUCCCUGUGGACACAGUUACUGUAUGAACUGUAUUAAAACCUACUGGGAUGAAGGAGAGAAGAAACUCCCCAGCUGUCCUCAGUGUAGAGUGUCAUUUAUCCCGAGGCCUGCGCUGGUGAAAAACACCAUGUUAGCAGCUUUAGUGGAGCAGCUGAAGAAGACUGGACUCCAAGCUGCUCCUGCUGAUCACUGCUAUGCUGGACCUGGAGAUGUGGCCUGUGAUUUCUGCUCUGGGAGAAAACUGAAAGCUGUCAAGUCCUGUUUGGUCUGUCUGGCCUCUUACUGCCAGAAACACCUUCAACCUCACCGUAAUUCAUCUACAUUCAAGACACACCAGCUGGUGGAUCCCUCCAAGAACUUGCAGGACAACAUCUGCCCCCGUCACGGUGAGGUGAGGAAGAUGUUCUGUCGUACUGAUCAGAAGUGUAUCUGUUAUCUCUGCUCUGUGGAUGAACAUAAAGGCCACGACACGGUCUCAGCUGCAGCAGAAAGGACGGAGAGGCAGAGAGAGAUGGAGGUGAGUCGACAACAAAUCCAGCAGCAGAUCCAGGACAGAGAGAAAGAUGUGAAGCUGCUUCAGCAGGAGGUGGAGGCCAUCAAUCGGUCUGCUGAUAAAACAGUGGAGGACAAUGAGGAGAUGUUCACUGAGCUGAUCUGUCUCCUCCAGAAAAGAAGCUCUGAGGUGAAGCAGCAGAUCAGAUCCCAGCAGGAAACUGAAGUGAGGAGAGUCAGAGAGCUGGAGGAGAAGCUGCAGCAGGAGAUCAGUGACCUGAAGAGGAGAGAUGCUGAGAUGAAGCAGCUCUCAGACACUGAGGACCACAACCAGUUCCUCCACAGCUGCCCCUCACUGUCACCACUCAGUGAGUCCACACACUCCUCCGGCAUCAGCAUCCGUCCUCUCACACACUCCUCCAGCAUCAGCAUCCGUCCUCUCAGCUACUUUCAGGAUGUGGCAGCAGCUGUGUCAGAGGUCAGAGGUCGACUACAGGACAUCCUGAGAGACACGUGGACAAACGUCUCACUGGCCGUCGCUGACGUGGAUGUUUUACUGUCACAACCAGAACCAGGACCAGAACCAGAACCAGAACCAGAACCAGAACCAGAACCAGAACCAGAACCACAACCACAACCAGAACCAGAACCAGAACCAACGAGCAGAGCUGGAUUCCUGAAGUAUUCAUGUGAAAUCACUCUGGAUCCAAACACAGUAAACACACAGCUGUUACUGUCAGAGCAGAACAGAGAGGUGACGGUUAUGAACAAACAUCAGUCUUAUACUGAUCAUCCAGACCGAUUCACUGGUUAUUUUCAGGUUCUGAGUAGAGAAAGUCUGACUGGACGUCGGUACUGGGAGGUGGAGACAGCAGGUGGAGUUAGUGUAGCAGUUUCAUACAAGAAUAUCAGCAGAUCAGGGAAUGAAAGUUUAUUUGGAUAUAAUGACAAAUCUUGGUCACUAUAUUGUUCCUCAGGCAGUUAUGUAUUCAGGUACAACAACAUCCAAACCUCCAUCCCAGGUCCUCUGAGCUCCAGAAUAGGAGUUUACCUGGAUCACAGAGCAGGAAUUCUGUCCUUCUACAGCGUCUCUGGAACCAUGACCCUCCUCCACAGAGUCCAGACCUCCUUCACUCAGCCGCUCCACGCUGGAGUCAGGAUUAACUAUAGUGGAGACUCAGCUGAGUUCUGUGAACUCAAAUAGACUUAUUUACUCUUCAUGUCUUUAUUGAUUUUCUUUUCUUCUCAGAGACGAUCAAACUCUGAUGGAUGGAGGGACGUUGUUGUUCUAUAAGUUGAUGUUUGGUUGUUAUUUCCUCUUUUGGAGGUGAAAGUCGUUCUUUUGUAGUUUCACCUGGGAAAUAUUAAUAAUAUUAACAUCUUCUAUUUCAUUAUAAAAACAUAGAAAUAAGCCUGUGUUGUAAUUGUUGUUAACUACUAGCUUGGAUGUGUUUCUAUGUUGUAUUUCUCUUUUCUUCCACUUCAUGGACUCCAACAGACGAGCCACCAGACCUUUUUCAUCUCUGAUAUCACGUCUGCAUUCUUCAUUAGGAAACCAAAGGUUCUGGUUUUCUCAAGAUAAAACUUUUUUCCAGCCAUGAGAACAAAGUAAAUGAUUCCAGAGACGUUAGUGACAGCAGCGACGCACCAAACGGUUGAGUGAAGCCUCUAGUUGGUGUGAGAGGGUUGGGGCCGGUAGUCGUCGCUGCAGCUGCAGGACCAGACUAGAUCUGCACAUCACAUGUUGCUGAUGUCCAAAUCUGUUGACCAUGUUUCAUGUUUAACAAUCUGGAUAUUUAGUAAGAAAUAAAACUUCUGAUGUUCUAAAAAAACAUUGAGAUCUUCUUUUUUGUUGUUUUGUAGAGAAGUCUUGCAGGAGAGUUAUGAGAUAUGAGGAGUUACGGAGAAUUACAAGAAUUCCUCUUAUUCCAAACACACAUUUCAACUCCGACCUCCGGCAGCACCGCUGUCAGGUCCAAACUGACCCUCAGAGACUUGGCUAAGUCUGCUGGAUAUUAACAAG